AUGACUAACGCAAUUGUCCUCGAGAAGCCCAACAUUGGUGUCUACACCAACAUCAAGCAUGACCUCUGGGUUGCUGAGUCGAAGCCCUCGGUCGAGGAGAUCAAGAGUGGCCAGGGAUUGAAGGCCGGAGAGGUGACGGUGGAGGUUCGCAGCACUGGAAUUUGCGGAUCCGACGUCCAUUUCUGGCACGAUGGCUGUAUCGGUCCCAUGAUUGUGACCGGCGACCAUAUUCUGGGCCACGAGUCCGCGGGUCGAGUCCUUGCGGUCGCCCCCGACGUCACCCACCUGAAGCCCGGCGACCGUGUCGCGAUCGAGCCCAACAUCAUCUGCAACGCCUGCGAACCUUGUCUGACGGGCCGCUACAACGGCUGCGAAAGAGUCGCCUUCCUUUCCACCCCUCCCGUGGACGGCUUGUUGCGCCGCUACGUCAACCACCCCGCCAUUUGGUGCCACAAGAUCGGUGACAUGAGCUAUGAAGACGGAGCCUUGUUGGAACCCCUCAGUGUGUCGCUGGCGGCCAUUGAGCGCAGCGGUCUCCGCCUGGGUGACCCCACCCUCAUCACCGGCGCUGGUCCCAUCGGUCUGAUCACUCUGCUCAGCGCGCGCGCCGCGGGCGCCACCCCGAUCGUCAUCACUGAUAUCGACGAGGGCCGUCUGGCUUUCGCCAAGUCUCUGGUCCCUGAUGUGCGCACGUACAAGGUCCAGACCAACCUCUCCGCGGAGCAGAAUGCCGAGGGCAUCAUCAACGUGUUCAACGACGGUCAAGGCGCCGGCCCGGACGCUCUCCGGCCUAAGCUGGCGCUCGAGUGCACCGGUGUCGAGAGCAGUGUCGCCUCCGCCAUUUGGAGUGUCAAAUUCGGGGGAAAGGUGUUCGUCAUUGGCGUGGGUAAGAACGAGAUGAACAUUCCUUUCAUGCGCCUGAGCACCCAGGAAAUCGACCUCCAGUACCAGUACCGCUACUGCAACACCUGGCCCCGGGCCAUCCGGCUGGUGAAGAACGGAGUGAUCAACUUGAAGAGUCUGGUGACCCACCGUUACCUGCUGGAGGAUGCGCUCAAGGCCUUUGAGACCGCUUCCAACCCCCGGACGGGCGCCAUCAAGGUGCAGAUCAUGAGCUCCGAAGAGGAUGUGAAGGCUGCUUCUGCCGGUCAGAAGAUCUAA